CGCCGCCGCUAGCUCCGAUCCGUACGGUACGGCCAUGGCGAGGGCACCAGUACCCCUCCUACUCCUCCUCCUCGCCCUCGCCGCCGGCACCGCCCACGCGGCGCUGGGGGGCCACGGCGGCAAGGGGCGCGGCCCGCGGGUGGGCGGGUACAGCCCGAUCAGUGACGUGGGGGACGCCCACAUCCAGGAGCUCGGCAGGUGGGCGGUGGAGCAGCACGGCGACGGGCUGCAGUUCCGCCGGGUGACCAGCGGCGAGCAGCAGGUGGUCUCCGGGAUGAACUACCGCCUGUUCCUCGACGCGGCGGACCCCGCCGGGAAGACCGCCUCCUACGUCGCCGUCGUCUACGAGCAGUUGUGGACCAACACCCGCGAGCUCACCUCCUUCAAGCCCGCCGCCGCCGCCCACUAAUAAUCUAUCCACGCCUCCCUCCACAGCUCCGCUACCAUCUGUUGUCCAUCCAUCUUAAUGUAUACAUAUUCUGCUUAAUCUCUUCACCAAUCUCUCACAUCUCACAUACUAGGCUACUAGCUACCUCAUACUAGUAGCGGUGCUUUUGAUGAGUUUCCUUUUGGUUCUUCUGGUGUGUUCCAUCCUGCAGGCAGGCAGGCAGUAAUGUGCUGUUAAUUGCAGGUACCAUAUAUAUGUAUGGAUUAGCAAUAAAGGGGUGGGAUUAUUGUAAUAAUCGGCAAUAAUAGCCCCUAGUAUUAUUGCCUAUCUUCCACACUACUGUACUGUGGUAUCUUCUUCAUUGAUUUUGUUCGGAUGUACUUUGGCAUAUCUCUUACGGUUUUUUUUUUAAUAGGGAGGACUUGGCAUCUCGUUAAUUAACUAACUAGACUGGCUAAAUCUGAUG